AUGCUUCUAUAUGGUUUAACGUUCUCACUUAACCUUCUAUUUGUUUUAAUAAACGCUCAAAAAGAUAGUAAUGUCAACAGUCUUCAACAAUCAAGAAUCCAUAUUGAUGUUGCUGAACAUGAACCGAACAGUAACGCGAUUUUAAAUCAUUCUCAUGAAGAAUCUUGGCAGACAACAACUGAACGAACAUUAAUUAGAGUAACACGUUUUAAUACACGAACUGAAGAGUCAAAUAUAAAUCAACGUCAACGUCGUCAAAUAAUGGAAAUUGUACAAACUGUUGGUAUUUUUAUGAAUAUAGCAAAAGCAAUUAAAAAUACUGAAAGUGGCGAGGAAAUUUUGGGAAUGGCCAAACAGGUGGCCAUCGUUGUACUGGUGACUAUCUUAUUUUGUAUGCUAUGUUGUUGCAUUACAAUAGUGUUUAUUUGUGUUAAAUGUUGUUGCGGUGAAAACAGCCGUAAAAGAAAUCAAGCUCCAACUACUAUUCAAGUUCCGCAACCAGUUUAUAUACAAGCAGGUCCAUCCGGCUAUCAACCACAAUACUAUCAACAGCAAGCUCCUCAGCCAUGGAGUUCUAUUGCAGUUCAAUCACCAGAAAGUCGUCCGAUGUUGCCUCAACCAAGUGCACCUCCACAGCCAAUGAACGAAUUUAACAGUGAUCAUUCGCCACCGCCUCCCUAUGAAAAACUUUAUAUGAAGAGUUAA